AUGAUAUGUGAAGAAGAGGAGAAGCAAGUCACUGAGAAUUACGAAAUUACACACAGAGUGUUCCUAGAUAUUGAUAUCGAGGGCCAGCGCUUAGGCAUGAUCGUUAUUGGAUUAUACGGCACUGUUGUACCAAAAAUUGUAGGUAUAGAAGGGAAAACUUCAACCGGAAAGCCUCUACAUUAUAAAGGAAAACCUUUUCACCGUAUAGUAUAUGGAUUCGUAAUCCAAGGAGGAGACUUAAUCCAUGGUGAUGGGAAAGGGAGUGAGUCAAUCUAUGGUGGCACCUUUCCUGAAGAAAAUUUCAAAGUAAAGCAUUCACAUGCAGGUGUUGUAGCGAUGGCUAAUACAAGACCUGAUUCUAAUGGCUCACAGUUCUUUAUCACUAUUGUCAAGUCUAUCUGGAUCUCCAACAUCUCAGAUACGUUUUUAAAAUAUCACACUGUCAACGAAACACAGGCUGUCCGAAUCGCAAACUUUGCUGGUACAGCCAAAACCAAAACCACCUGA